UUAUUUCAAGAAAAACUAUGGCAGCAUCAAGCCUUCUGUGAGCCAUGGGUCCCUCGGAGUAGGAAACUAUGCUCCUGGAGACACGUUGAGAUGUACAGAGCGGGGGACACAGUGGAGCGCCUGCCACAGGGGACGGCGCCCCCUCGCCUGAGGAGCGUGGAGGUUGCCAGGGGAAGAGCAGGGUACGGGUUCACCCUUUCGGGCCAGGCGCCCUGUGUGCUCAGCUGUGUCAUGAGAGGGAGCCCUGCCGAUUUUGUGGGCCUCCGCGCUGGAGACCAGAUACUCGCUGUCAAUGAAAUCAACGUGAAGAAAGCGUCCCACGAGGACGUGGUCAAGCUCAUUGGGAAAUGCUCUGGGGUCCUGCACAUGGUGGUGAGCGAAGGCCUCGGCCACGUGGAGUCGUGCUCCAGUGAUGAGGAAGUGGGAUUCUGCGAAGGGAAAGGCUGGCGGAAGGCCAAGCUUGAUUCCAAAGCAUUGGGGAUAAACAGAGCAGAGAGAGUGGUCGAGGAAAUGCAGUCGGGGGGCAUUUUCAGUAUGAUCUUUGAAAACCCCCGUCUUCGAGCACGCGGCCCGGAGCCCCCGAAGUGGAAGCAGCGGUCCCUUUCAGAGUCCGCUGCUGCGCGGCUUGACCUUGGACACGAAGGUGCAGAUGACCCGCACCCCGGCUUGCUUUCCAAGGAGGAAAUUUCAAAAGUUAUUAACAAUGAUUCGGUUUUCAGUGUUGGAGUAGAGAACCACGAAGAUUUUGGAUUAGAUGCAAGUAUUUUAAAUGUCGCCAUGGUCGUCGGCUACUUAGGUUCUAUUGAACUUCCUUCCACAAGCUGCAACCUGGAGUCCGACAGCUUCCAGGCCAUCCGUGGCUGCCUGCGGCGCCUGCGGGCCGAGCAGAAGAUCCACUCGCUGGUGACCAUGAAGAUCAUGCACGACGGCGUGCAGCUGUGCACCGACAAGGCCGCUGUCCUGGCCGAGUACCCCGCUGAGAAGCUGGCCUUCAGUGCCGUGUGCCCAGACGACAGGAGGUUUUUUGGGCUUGUGACCAUGCAGAGCAGCGAUGAUGGCGGCCUGGCGCAGGAGGAUGAGGGUGUCUUGCGGACUUCCUGCCACGUGUUUAUGGUGGAUCCAGACUUGUUCAGUCACAAGAUACAUCAGGGCAUUGCCCGGCGGUUUGGGUUUGAGUGCACAGCCGACCCUGACACCAAUGGCUGCCUGGAGUUCCCUGCAUCCUCCCUCCCCGUCCUCCAGUUCAUCUCCGUGCUGUACAGGGACAUGGGCGAGCUGAUCGAGGGCGUGCGGGCCCGGGCCUUUGUGGAUGGGGACGCCGAUGCCCACCAGAACACCAGCACCAGCAGCAACAGUGACAGUGGCAUUGGGAAUUUCAACCAGGAAGAAAGAAGCAGCCGAGUGCUUGUGGUCGACCUAGGCGCCAGCUCCAGCAGGCCUGCCCCCAGCAGCAGCACCUGGGAGGGUGUGGGUGGGCGGGGUGCCCAACCUUGGGGUGCCCCCUGGAAUGGGGCCUUUUGCCAUGACUCUGAGGCAGGGCCCUCACUUGAGGCCACUCCACAGGCUGACAGGUGCUGGGACUUCAGCAAACAUUUGGGGCCCACUUCUCACGCGGAGGUCCCCCCGGCCUCCCUGCGGAGUUCGGUCCCACCUUCCAAGAGAGGCGCUGUGGGCCCUGGUGGUGGGUUCGGCCAGCGGUGGCUUCCGGUCCAUGUCCUGCAGGAGUGGCAGUGCGGACAUGCCAGCGACCAGGAGUCUUACACGGACUCCACCGACGGGUGGUCCAGCGUCAACUGUGGAACGCUGCCCCCUCCCAUGAACAAGAUUCCCGCCGACCGCUACAGGAUGGAGGGCAGCUUGGCGCAGCCCCUGCUGAGCUCCCAGAAGAUGGACUGGUCCAGGAAGGCUUUUGGGAUGCAGAACGUUUUUGGGCCCCAUCGAAAUGUUAGAAAGACUAAGGAAGACAAAAAGGGCUCAAAAUUCGGGCGGGGACUUGGACUCGCUCAGCCUUCUCAGCGCACCUCUACUCGGAGAUCAUUCGGAAGAUCCAAGAGGUUUAGUGUCACCCGCUCCCUUGAUGACCUGGAGUCUGCAACUGUGUCUGACGGUGAGCUGACCGGCGCCGACCUGAAGGACUGCGUGAGCAGCCACAGCCUGAGCAGCAACGCCAGCCUCCCGAGCGCACAGAGCUGCAGGCGCCUGCGGGACAGGAGGGCCGCCAGCUGGGCCGUGUCCUUUGAGCGCCUCCUGCAGGACCCCCUCGGCGUCCAGUACUUCUCUGACUUUCUGAGGAAAGAGUUUAGUGAAGAAAACAUUUUAUUCUGGCAGGCCUGUGAAUAUUUUAAUCAUGUUCCCGCACAUGACAAAAAAGAGCUUUCCUACAGGGCCCGGGAGAUCUUCAGUAAGUUCCUGUGCAGUAAAGCCACCACCCCGGUCAACAUCGACAGCCAGGCCCAGCUGGCAGACGACAUCCUCAGCGCCCCGCACCCCGACAUGUUCAAGGAGCAGCAGCUCCAGAUUUUCAAUCUGAUGAAGUUCGAUAGCUACACGCGCUUUCUGAAGUCCCCGCUGUACCAAGAGUGCAUCCUGGCCGAGGUGGAGGGCCGCUCCCUCCCCGACCCCCAGCAGGUGCCCAGCAGCCCGGCCUCCAAGCACAGCGUCAGCUCGGACCACUCUAACGUGUCCACGCCAAAAAAGUUGACUGGAAAAUCGCGAUCAGGACGAUCCCUGAAUGAAGACGUGGGGGACGAGGACAGCGAGAAGAAACGGAAAGGAGUGUUUUUCUCCUGGUCCAGGACCAGGAGCACUGGGCGGUCCCAGAAGAAGAAGGACCACGGUGACCACACAAACGCCCCCCUGCACGCCAACGGAGGCCUGGGCCGCAGGGAGUCACAGGGCUCCGUGUCCUCUGCCGGGAGCCUGGACCUGUCAGAGGCCUGCAGGACCUUGGCGCCCGAGAAGGCCAAGGCCGCGUACUGCUGCGUCCAGCUCCCCGACGGGACGUCCUGCACGGUGCUCGUCAAGGCAGGGCUGCCCAUCAAGGAGGUUCUGUCCGGGCUCUGCGAGCGACAUGGCAUCAACGGUGCUGCUGUGGACCUCUUCCUGGUGGGCGGAGACAAGCCUCUGGUGCUACACCAAGACAGCGGCAUCCUGGCGUCCAGAGACCUGCGCCUAGAAAAGCGGACUUUGUUUCGGCUGGAUCUGGUUCCCAUUAACCGGUCAGUGGGACUCAAGGCCAAGCCCACCAAGCCCGUCACGGAAGUGCUGCGGCCCGUGGUGGCCAAGUAUGGCCUGCACCUGAACGAGCUGGUGGCCAGGCUGAGUGGAGAGAAGGAGCCCCUGGACCUCGGCGCCCCCAUAUCGAGUCUGGACGGACAGCGGGUCAUCUUGGAGGAGAAGGACCCCUCCAGAGGGAAAGAUAAACAGAAAGGGACACCGGUCAAACAGAAUACAGCUGGGAACUCCAGCUCCAGAAAUUUCUCGGCUACGGGAGAGGAGAGAACACUAGGCAAGUCUAAUUCUAUUAAAAUAAAAGGAGAAAAUGGAAAAAAUGCUAGGGAUCCCCGGCUUUCAAAGAGAGAAGAAUCUAUUGCAAAGAUUGGGAAAAAAAAAUAUCAGAAAAUUAAUUUGGACGAAGCAGAGGCGUUUUUUGAGCUUAUUUCCAAAGCUCAGAGCAACAGAGCAGACGACCAGCGUGGGCUGCUGAGGAAGGAGGAUCUGGUGCUGCCGGAGUUCCUGCGCCUGCCUCCCAGCCCCACAGAGCUGGGCCUGCCCUGCCAGACCGCCGCCGCCAGCCCGGGCCAGCAGAGGGCGCCCCGGCCCCGAGAGCCCUGGGGGCCUGCGCGAGACCACCCCGACAGCCCAGGGACGAGCCCCAGCUCAGCUGACAGCCCACCUUUCUGCACCCCCACAACUCCCAAGACGCCCACGCCCCAUGUGCAGGAAUCGGAGGCUGGGGGCGUCCAGACCGUGGAGGGCGAACAUGUGGCCGACCUGACGCUCACUGGGGAGGGGGACAUCAGCAGCCCCAACAGCACUUUGUUGCCGCCACCCCCCACCCCACAGGACUCGGCUGGACCUCCCAGACCAGGUACUUCCAGGCUUGAUACCCCUGCUCACCUUUGACUCUUUGCCACUCCACUGUCCGCCCUGGGGAUGUCCACCCAGGAAAGUCCACCUGGUCCCCAAUAAAAAAAGACACAGCUGUGGUAGCUCGAUCCUCUGCCCCGACCGUCUGUGUAACGUGGCUUUCCCACAGCACCGCCCCCUCCAC